AUGGCGAACAAUGAAGAGAAAGGUCGCGAAUUCACAUUCGUUCUUGUUAAAACAGUAAAUGGUGAUGAUUCAUGGGCGAGGAAUGUAGAUCUCAAAGGAGCUAAUAUCGUUGGAAAGUAUAAAGACAUGCGAUUUAUCAUCAAAAGCAUCGAUACGGAUGAGAAAGUAAGCAUCGAUAUCGUGAAAGAACUGAAUGGGGUCAUGCCUGAAAAUUCCAAUUUGCUGAGAAUUAUAGUCGUUUCAAGAGGGGGUUUCACAGAGGAAUCAUUGGAAUUCGGAAAGAGGAAUAAAUGUUUGAUCCUUACCGACAAGGAUCACUUGGUUUCAGAUCUUAUGGAUCGUUACAUAAUGAUUAAAAACGAACAAAGAUUAUGUAAACCUAUAGAAUAUUUUCAAUCACCUAAAAAUAAUGGUAUUUAUGGUGUUUUACCAUUUGUAGCACCUAAAGUUUUAAGAGGUCAACCUUAUACUUUAGCUAGUGAUAUAUAUAUAGUUUUUCUAUAA